AUGAGACCACCAACGAUCACUCCCAAAACACGCUCUCGCUUAACCAAUCAGCUCAAGCCAUUAAAAACUCUUUCGGCCAUAAUCAAACGCCAACUACAAAUUAUAGUGUACAUUUAUCGUAUCAGCGCUAAGAACGUUACCAAAGCAAUUCGAGCUAUAUUCCUUCAAAGAUCCACUAUUGUAGUGGCAGUAUUUGCGUAUUUAUGUGAGGUGGUACCGAACUUAUUGAUUAACACAACCAAACAUCUAUUGGAGCUCAAGACAAAGGGAUUUCUGAGUGAAACGUGGAAGAUUAUUAUUGCUCCGUUACAGGCUGAUCGACUGCCAAUAUUCAUGAUCCGUUUAGUGGCAACACUAAAUGCAUUGAAUCCGUUGUUUAUGAAAGCAUUGUACCCAUAUGUGGAUGGUGAGUAUUUUCUUUUUACAACUACAUUCCUAGCUGGCUUGGUAUCAUCUUUAUUGCAUUUUCCUCGUUUUCAGCAAUUAAAGAUUGAAGAUGAUAGAUAUUAUACCUUUGACUGGACAUUCAUAUUGGUUACGAAGGCAAUCGAUUCUAUAGUGUCCUCCACAGUUUCAAUCCAUCUUUCACCACAGACCAAUGAGUUCGUUGACUUGCUGGUUAUUCUAGUCUCCACAUAUUGCGUUAUGACUGCCUGGUGGUUCAAACCUGAUAGACUUAGUCCUCAAAUGGUGAAUUGGAUAACCAAAAUGACUCUUAUCGAUCUUAAAAUUCAAAAGGGAGUACAAUUACUACAUGACGGCACAGUGGAUUAUAUUACUCAGAAUGCUUCACCAAAUGAAGACACUUUUCAAAGUUAUGCGGUUCUGAAAGGCAAGGAGCCAAAAUUAGGUGACUUGACACAACACGACAAACUACCUUGCGAGGUGUUGCAUGAGUUUACAACUGAGAGUUGUCUCAAGCAUACGCUUGACAAUUUCGUAUCCCAGUUUGCCUCUAGUUUGAGAUUUUACUCCUACAUUAACGUGUUCUCAUUCGUAUUCUUUAGAGGCUUUAGAGGAAAUUUGAGAAAAUUGUUUAUCAAAACAAUCAAAUCAUCAUUGUUUGUUAGUACAUUAACAACAAUCCAUUGGGGUUGUAUAUGCUUUGUACGAAACUAUCACCCCCAGUGGUAUAGUCAAAAGUUUUGGGAUAUUUUGAGCAUAAAAAUUGGAUCGGCACUUGCUGGAUUGAGUGUAUUGUUUGAAAGUGCUAAAAGGCGAGACGACUUGAUGUUAUUUGUGACACCAAAAGCAUUAGGAACAUUUUUUGAGGCGACAGACAGUGUAAAGAGGAGAAAGCUGGAGACUAUUGCCUUUAGUUUGAGUUUCGCAAUCUUGGUUGCCUUUGCCCGACUGAGCCCAACAAAGCUUAGAGGUGUAGUUGGUAAAGGAUUAAGUUAUAUGAUCAAGUAG